AGCGAAUUCCUGCAGUAUGAUAAGAAUCGCGUUACUUUUUAUGUUUUAUGGAAUUGUUACCACUCAAGAGUUCGGAGAAGAAGUCAUAUCCGCAGUGGUUGACAUAGUGCAAGGAUUUUUCACUUCCGAGCUUACCAUUUGUUACGACGAUCGAACAGAUGCAGAUUUUCUACAGCUCCUUUUAAAAAAAUUAGAAGGGACUUCAAUUACCACCAUAUUUUUUAAUAUGACGUUAUACGAUAUCCACGAGAAGUACUACGAAUUCAUGUAUUCCAAAAUUGAAAAUCACUUGGACGGCCACACCCUGUUCCUCGGACGGCAUACAUUUUACGAAUAUAUACUAAUUGAGGAACUUCAUACGGAGAAACCUAAACUACUUGUUUUAUUGGGGAAAUAAUUCUCUUAUCGAAAGAGAGUUUUUAAAUAAUAUUCAC